AGAAUCGUACAUUGAAGGACUUAUGAAUGUGAUAAACAAUGCGUUAAUUGCAGCUGAUGACAACAGGCUAAGAAAUAUUGCAAUUCCGGCCAUAGGUUCAGGUGGCCGUGGUGGACCAAGGCAGGUCUGUUUUUCUUCUUUUCCAAGAGCAAUAACCCAGUACAGUAGUAAAUUUGGUAAAACGUCUUCAAUUAAGGAGGUGCAUUUUGUGGACCGAGAUAUUGAUGUUGUAAGCUUAAUGCAGGCAGCAUUUCUUCUUGCUAUAGAUGAAUCACACAAUGAAAAGUCAUCAAAAUUAAUGAGAAUUCCCAAAAAGAUAAAAGAAACAUUCCUGUCCUAUGUAGGUACAGAUGUUGUACCUAGUAAAUCCCUAGCUCUUGCCUUACCAAAUAUGGUCGAUGUUUUGCUCUGUGAUGGUGCAUUGUUCAGUGUACCACGUCAUAAGCAUGGACAAACUUUGAAAGUUGAAGAGGACGAUACAGGAGUUAUUAUAACCAUUGAUAAAUCACAGACUGGAAAAAGUCGAAGUGCCUCGUUAUGUCUUCAGAGAUGUGGAAAUGACUUUCAUAGGAAUUAUGAUAGCCUAAAAAGGAAGAAAAAAUCAUAUGGAGAAGCAUAUGACACCUUUGGGGACAAACACCUAAAAUUUGGGCAUGUUAUAUGUCCAGUAAUGCCAGUAUUGAGCAAAAAAGCUGUUGACAAAAAUUCUUCUGCACAACUAAAUUUUCAGUCAUAUUUUCAUCAGUGUUGUGCUAACAUGUUCAAGAAAGCAGAUGACUGUGAAGUAAAGCACCUAGCUGUCCCUGUUCUUGUUGAUGGUAACUUAAUAUACAGUUUAUUUUAUUCAAGUCACCAUACUUUUAUUUAG